CCAUGCACACCAUGUAUCUACCGAAACUGGUCCCUGGUUUUUUCGUAUUAUAUAAGGUCGAGGCAGACGCAGCGGUGAGUAUAUAGAACUGUCCGUCACUUCUAUAUUUUUCUAGGGAGCUUGACGAAAUAUUUCAAUACAUUGGCAAACCCCUUAACUGAUUGAUAAUAUGGGUGUUUUCGAUACCCAAGCCUUGACAGCUCUUUGCUGUCUCAUAGUAGGAUAUUUCCUCGCAUCAACCAUCUACCAAUGGCAUCGUCUUCGCCACAUCCCGGGGCCUUUCUUUGCCUCCUUCUCAUACUUAUGGAUUGGUUACUCGGGCUGGAGCGGCAAACAAUACGAGAUACACAAGCAUCUAGGAGGGAGAUAUGGUCAUUUGGUAAGAAUUGGACCGAAUGAAGUCAACACUGACGACCCUGAGACGAUUCGCCGCAUAUCUAAUGCGAAAAGCGAGUACCCACGGUCUGGGUGGUAUGAUGGCGCCCGUUUCCAUCCGGACAGUGAUGCCAUGUUCACAAUGGUAGAGCCUGCUACACACGAUAAACGUAAGGCCAAGACCUCACAUGGUUAUUCCGGUCGCGAAACACCCGGACUCGAGUCUGCCAUCAAUGAGCAAAUCGAAAAUCUGACUAGCGCAAUUCGUCGGAAUUAUGUCCGCAAAACAGACCCUAGCUCCAAAGUGAUGCCACUUGACCUGAGCAUUAUAUUCCCUCAGUUUACUUUGGAUGUGAUAUCUCGCCUUGCCCUCGGAAAGGAAUUCGGCUGCCUCGAAGCAGAUAAGGAUGUGCACGGAUUCUACCACGUUGUAGAGUCUCACCUACCAUUGAUGAAUGUCUGUGCCGAUAUUCCAUGGGCACGCAAACUUGUUUUCUCAUCAUUGGGCAUCAAACUUUUUGGCCCCAAACCAACAGACAGCUCAGGCCUCGGCCGAAUGAUGAAAUUGACCAACGACGAGGUUCACAAGAGAUACACCGGCGACGUUAAAGCCUUAAAAGACAUGCUAGGAUCAUUUCGUCGUCAUGGGCUUACCGAAGCAGAAUGUCAGACCGAAGGGUUCUUCAUGUUUGUAGCUGGCUCAGAGACAACAGCUAGUGCUCUCAGAAUGAUACUAUUCCAUCUCAUUGCUACACCUGUAGCUUAUAACAGGCUGAAGAAGGAAAUGAUGACUGCAAUAGAGCGCGGAAGAGUCUCGAAUCCAAUAACAGCGGCAGAGGCAAAAGAGCUACAGUACCUACAGGCCGUUCUUUACGAGGGCUUGCGCAUACGUCCAGUUGCUACUGCGACCUUUGGUAAAGAGGUGCCGCCUGGAGGUGAUAGCAUCAAUGGAUACUUUGUUCCCGGCGGGACGACUGUCGGACCCAACCUUCCCUCAUUAAUGCGCUCCAAAGUCCUCUUUGGGGAGGAUGCAGACUUAUUCCGCCCCGAACGAUUCCUAGAGGCUGACGAAGUUACGCGCACCGAGAUGCAACGAAAUGUUGACCUUGUCUUCGGCUAUGGCCGCUGGAUGUGUGCUGGCAAGAUUGUUGCUUGGCUUGAAUUGAACAAGACGAUAUUUGAGGUUCUCCGCCACUUUGACUUCCAAAUCUAUGAUCCUAAAAUUGGAAUCAAAUCUUGGAGCCAUGGAGCUUGGGUAGAUAAGGACAUCUUGGUUAUCGCUACAGAGUCAGACAUUAUGAAAGACUUUUCGAGCAGUGGCUGAAUUAUGCAAUAUUAGGAACUGAGUAUCGAAGUCCAUACUAACUCAUUAUAUGGG